AACCAAGAGACGAACCGAAGAGUUCACUACAGUAUUAACGAAAUCAGAAGUAAGUCAAGCAACUUUGAAUAUAAUAUCACACAUAAUGAGACAGGCACCGGUUUUUUGAUGACACUCUUAACAACACGAACGGAUCCCAGUCUGAAAUCUCAGAUCAGUAUGAUACCCAAGGCAGUUCUCUGCUCAAAAAACCGAAUGGUAGCCAUAGUGACCCUAUGCGAUUCUGAGGAUAUAUUUGAUUCUAAAGGACUGCAGAUGAACGGAAGUACAAAAAUCACCAAUGCACAUAGCUAUGUAGUGGAAAGUCAAACCAUCAUGACAGGCGAGCCAGCUUCCAGUCCAAUUUUCAUUGAGCACAUCCAGAGCAAUCAACUUAUUGAAAAAUACGUAGACCGUCGCCGACAAGAAGCAUAUCCUUUGACUGUCAUCCAUGGGAAGAGAAGCAGAAAUCACGACAGACGAUCAAAGAAAUACAUCUUUAAAUAUCUGGAGCCACCUGUUACCGUUGUGAACGAAGUGGACGACGAGCCUUUAGGAGAAUUUACGUACAUCACUGAUUAUGAGUAUAACGGUGUGAGUCCACCAAGUUCUGAAUUUCUUGACGGUUGUAAUUGUGCAGAUAUACAAACGAUGAAGAACGGACACGUGGAUGGCAAAAAAGGGAAGAGGCAAGAGACCAUUACGUUUAAAAGGAGCAAAGAAAAAUCCAAAAGCCCACCGCCCUAUUGCUGUACAGCAGACGAUGGGGCAAGGUGCCACGACGACGUCUAUUAUACCGAUGACGGAAGAUUAUACGAUUUGAUGAACCGUGUCAUUAGAGAGUGCAACGUCAAUUGCUCUUGUCACAACGAUGACAGAUGUAGGAAUAAAACAGUGACAAGAGGGCGUCAAUAUCCGUUGACAAUUUACAAGACAGCGAAAAAAGGCUGGGGUGUCCGGUGUCCAGAAUUUAUACCUAAGGGGGCAUUUAUUGAAGAAUAUGUAGGAGAAGUGAUCACAACGGAAGAGUGCAGUAGAAGAGUGCAAUACUAUACCGACUUACAAAAGAGCUACUUGUUUGCCAUUGAUAUCACAGCUAAUUAUCAGGAACACACCAAUGUUGUAGAUGCUUCAGCAAAAGGAAAUGUCAGCCGCUUCAUCAAUCAUUCAUGUAGUCCGAAUGCUGCAGUGUACGCCGUCUUUUCAGAUAGUGCUGAUGAAAUGCUUCAUCGUUUGGCGUUCUUCGCUGUCUGCGAUAUCUUACCAAACACAGAGAUAUGUUUCGAUUAUACCGGUGGUAGAGAAGUUGAUCCGAAAGAAGGCGCUGUCUGCCAUUGUCAAGCGGUGAAUUGUAGAGGAUAUUUUUAAAAGCACCUCGUGUCAAAAAAAGAGAGAAUACUAAAGGUCUAAGCUUCCUUCCAAUAGCCAUUCCUAUUUAUACUACUGCUUACAUUGUAAAGCAGCACUUCAUACAGUCAUUUUGAUUCGAUAUAAUAAAACACUCAUUACAAAUCGCAACCCGCUGUUCUCUGUACGCUUAUCGAUUCAUCUAUAAUUGCUGAAUGCUAAACGAAACGAAGGCGCAUUUAAAUCAGGGUCAACGUUAAAAACAUCUGAAAGAUAACAUCAUCAUGAGGGUGGUUUGAAGGACAAGAUAUCGAAUCACAUUUAAAUCUUUUGUACGAGCAUGGGUUUUCAGCUAUAUUAAAAUGUAAACACAACCUGUUCCAGCUUUCUUUUAUGAACUAUGUUUUCAUCUUUAGC